UGUCCAGGUACUUGUAUGGAAAUACCUAGGGGGCGGGGUCUCGUCUUUACAACAGGUACGUGGGUGGGCGGGGUCUCGUCUUUACAGCAGGUACGUGGGUGGGCGGGGUCUCGUCUUUACAGGCAGGUACGUGGAUGGGCGGGGCGGGGUGGUGGAGUGGCCGCUCCAGCCUUACCUGAGCCAGUGUCACCUGUCGCUUCCCUUUCCGCCGGAACAGAAAUGAUCCGAUUUCUCCUGCUGUUUAGCCGUCAAGGGAAGCUACGCCUGCAGAAAUGGUAUGUGACACUACCUGAUAAGGAAAAGCGAAAGAUAACAAGAGAGUUAGUACAAAUCAUUUUGAGCCGGAAUCCAAAAAUGAGCAGUUUUGUGGACUGGAAAGACUUAAAACUUGUGUACAAGAGGUACGCCAGUCUGUACUUCUGUUGCGCUAUUGAGGAUCAGGACAAUGAGCUGCUGACGCUGGAGCUUGUGCACAGGAUUGUGGAGCUGCUGGAUAAGUACUUUGGAAAUGUCUGUGAACUGGAUAUCAUUUUCAACUUUGAGAAAGCUUACUUCAUAUUGGAUGAGUUCCUAAUGGGGGGUGAAAUUCAGGAGACUUCAAAGGAAUCUGUGGUGAGAGCAAUUGAGGAUUCUGACAUGCUACAAGAGACAAUGGAAGAGUACAUGAACAAACCAACAUUUUAAGAGUGCCACACAGAUGAAGAGAACCUAGCAGAGAGGCUAUUAUACAUCAUGAGCUAUUAUGGGCAAGUCCAAGGAACAUCAGAAAGCUCUGAACUGUUGGAUGGCACUGCUGGUCCGGACCACUAACCAGUUAGCCGUGGGAGAAUUCUGACAUAUUAAUGAAAAAAACUGACAUUAAGGCAGUCUUGUGCUAUCAGGGAAACUCUAUGGAUCUGAGCAUUCCACAUGCAAUGAGGACAAAUUUCCACAAAUAAUGGCUACUUUUAAAAGAAGAAAAAUAUUUUUAUAUGGGUAUAUUUUAUCCUCUUGGAAUAGCAAUAUUGCAAUGAUAGUGCCCAGUGGCUAUAUGAAAUCUGCACCAUCAAUUCUUUCCACUAUAUUUUUGUCUUUUUUAUGUUUAGGGGUGAUGGCAGUUGUCACCCAUGCUAAACCUCCCCCACCACUGGUGACAAAAUGUCCAGAUAUAAUAUUAUUUUGAACUCAAUCCAAAUAUCUGCCAGUAAAAUUUUUGAAUGGCGUAAUCAUACCAUAUCGCCUCGUCGUGCAUUUUGGUGCGAAUACGCUAUUCAAAUGUUUUAUUGGUGUAUUCGUUCUGGGCCUUUAACACCACUAUGGCUCCUAGGUGAAAAUUGUUAGAGACGUAAAUUGUUUAACAGUUAUUUGAUAUUUUUGUUAGCAUCAGGGAUAUCCAGUUUAUUGGCCUCCAACUGAACCUUUUACAGACACAAUUCACACACAUAAACUACUUAGAAGCAGAAAAGUCCAAUCGGUGCUGUAUUCGUGCUAUAAGUGUAACUUGUCCACCUUGCAGGACUAACACAUAGGCUUGAAAAUAUAUUCUGUGUGGCAGCACAAACAAAUAAACUCCUGGUGCAGGAGUCCAGAUAUGUAAGUGCUCAAUAAAAAGUGCAAAAAUUCAUGCACCAUGUCAAUAUGGUAACCCCACUAAUAAAACUAAUAAGAAAACUCUCUGGAGAGAAUUGCUACUCACCAGAUUAAAAAGGUAUAUAGGCCAAACAGAGUUAAUGCAAUCUUCACAACCUUGGAUAAAACAAAGAUAGGAAUGCCAUAUAGAGUAUAGCUUUUUAAUUGUUAAUAAAAGAGCCCCCAACUGGGUAUACUCACAAAAUUCUAAAUUAAAACAACAUUAAACAAAUAUUCAGUCCACAAUAUUAUUUUUUUUUUUUACAUUUGUUUAAUGCUGUUUUAAUUUUAAAUCUUGGGAGUAUACCCAUUUGGGGGCUCUUUUAUUAACAAUUAAAAAGCUAUACUUCUCUGUAUGGCCUCUUUGUUUUAUCCAGUGUUGUGAAGAUCAAAUUAACUGUUUGGCCAAUGAGUUGGCAUUCUCUCCAGAGAGACAUUUCUUACUACCUGUAUUAGUGGGUUUACCAUAUUGACCAUGGAUGUUUUCCUGUACUUUUUAUCAAGCACUUGGGUAUCUGGAUAUUCUACAUAAACUACUAUACCUAUUUAUUAUAAGCCAUAGAGUGUGACUUUGUGUGUUAUAUACUGUUCUGCUUAAACAAUAAUUCCCAGCACCUUGUAGAAAGGCAAAAGCUGUGAGAGGGAUUGUGAGAGUUGUAGUUGAACUGGUUGCACAUCCCUGAAUAACAAAUUUUCUCCUUAGUGACCCCCAUAUCUCUAAUUCAGGCCUAGGUUGAACCCUACCAGCACUGGCAUUCUAUUGGCAUUUUUGAUCUUACUGGUUGAUUUUUUUCUCGGGUAGACUUGCAGAUCACUGGCAAGUUGAGGUUUAGAUGUUAAAAAUUGAAAUUUUGCAUAAACUGUUUAAUAUUCUUUAUAUUUAUUCUAUUUUCUAAACUUACCCUGUAUUUUGUUUUGGAAAAGGCCAUUAAAGUGCAGGAGUUUCCAAUGA